GACAGACAAAGAUGAUGUCUACCUCAGUGUAUGCCUCAUGGGCCAGUACAGGAAGUCAGCGUGUCAUUUGCCAAUAUUCCCGCUGCUUUUUCAUGAAAAGAUGAUAUUUGAAAAGGUUUUUAUGAUGGGGAUGGACCCUGCUGCUGUAGCUGAACAGUUAGAAUAUGAAACUGCAAAAUGUGAACUAAUACAGUUAUUUCCUCCAGUGGGGGAGACGUUGGCAUCUUAUGAAGAAGAUGCAAGGAGCUUUCUUUUUCCAGAGCCUAAACUGUCCCCUACCUAUCCUGGAGUGGACAGAGAAGUACUAAUGAGCCGGACACGAAAUUUCCCAGGAAUUGCACCUAAACUAGAAUUUUCAACCAGAACUACAAUUAAGGAAUGCUCAUUCAAAAGAGAGAAAGGUGUCCGUGCAAAUAAUCACCUGGUAGCUGCAAGAAAACCAAACAUUCGGAAGACACAAAGGUCAGGAUCAUCCACACCAUCCAGAAAUAGAAGUGCAUCGCCAGGGAAGAAAAGGGUGUCCUGUUGUAUUGAAAGGAAUUCCAAAAAGCAGACAAAUGUGUCCAAGUCCAGGUCUUUAUCGCUGUGCACUAACAAGCGCAUGGCAGAGGAUUUUGAGCUGAACAGACUGGGGCUGGCUCAGCUAAACCUGGGGCCUCACAAGUCCAAUUCAGACAAGGACUCCAGAUCACACUUUCAGGUUCGCAAUGUUGACAGCGCCAGGCCUAUCAGCAAGCAUGACUCACCACCAAGGUUGUCUCCAGAUUUACUUAUAUCAAGAUCAAGAAGCACUUCACCCAAAUCACGUCUUAGUGGUGAUAUCUCUUUUGGAAGUCACAGACAAAAGAAUGCUGUGGAGAUCAAUGAUAGGGGCACCCAGGAUGCUGAUGGUUUUGCAUCUACGGAUACAGAUGAGCUGGUUAAUUACACACUGAAUACAAAUUCAAGCUCGGCUCUGAGAAGCCACAUGAGAUCCCCCACCUCUGCCUCAAUGAUGUUGCGAUCACCAAGCCCCAUACUGAACCGGUCACCUCUAAGGCAAAGGUUCAAUUCAGACUCUAACAAUACCUGGGAAUCAAUCCAUGGCAGAGUUAGAAAUCUUCUAACAACCCACAAUGCUAGGCAGCGUCUUUCCUUUGGGGCUACAGAAUCUGAGGUAGCAGAAGUCCUUGAAAGGAGAUCUAUAUCCCCUAUAUUCUCAAUGGAAAAAAAAUAUUAA